CGAAGAUCCAAGCAAUCCAAGCAUCCAAGCAAACACUGCGACAAUUGACAAGAGACCUGUCACUCGGGUCAAUCUACCGAUAGCAAUCGAAAGGAGCUGCCGAUGAUACGGAUUUACAGUGUGAGAAUAUAGAUCCAGCCAAGGCAAACUCUACCAUUGCGAAAUUGACCAUGUGGCAACGUCCCAAGCUAACGGCGGUCCUUUUGACCGCAUGUCUGCUGUCUACCUCCGCUUUUCAAACUCCAGCUCAGAGUGUCGGCAGCAGCGCAACAUCUUUUGUCCACCGUUCUCGCCACAACUUAUUAUUACAACCCAAGAAGGCGGCACUGUUUCCACGACGUCAAGGCAUUUUUCAUGGGCAUCUUGUGACAGCCCUGUCUUCCACUCGAGGAGGCGGCUCGGAGGAAGAUUUGGACGAGGAAAAAGAUUUGCCCACCAACAAGACCAUUAAUCAGUUGGGUUCUCUCUUUUGGCAAAUGGCGUCGCCGUACUAUCAGGAAUCCAAGUCAGGACGAUGGUUGUUUUGGGGUGUCAUUGGACUUACGCUGCUCAACAGUGGUGUCAGUGUGGCCUUUAGUUAUUUGGGAAAAGAUUUUUGGAAUGCCCUGUCGAGCAAGGACGUGGAUGCCUUUUACGAUGUACUCAAGCAGUAUGUUCCUGCCUUGCUCAUUGGAGCCCCAGUGGCGACCUAUUAUCGUUUUCAACGAGCGCAAUUAGCCGUCAGUUGGAGAGAAUGGAUGACGGAUCGGACCUUGCAAAUCUACUCCAGUCAGCGAGUGUAUUAUGCUCUAGAACGUGGCCAAGAGAUUGACAAUCCAGAUCAACGCAUUGCUGAGGAUGUCAAUUCCUUCACGGGAUACUCUUUACAGCUUUUCAUCACGAUUGUCACAUCCCUCAUUGAUUUGGUCAGCUUCUCUUUCAUCCUAUACUCCAUUUAUCCACAGUUGUUUGGUGCCAUUAUCAUUUACAGUGUCUUUGGGACCAUUGUAACAGCCUGGUUGGGAAAGGUUCUUGUCAAACUCAACUUUCAGCGACUGCAACGAGAAGCCGACUUUCGAUACAGUUUGGUGCGACUGAGGGAAAAUUCUGAAUCUAUUGCCUUUUAUGCUGGAGAGGAUUUGGAAGGCAAGGCCAUCCAGGAUCGAUUCAAUAAGGUGGUCAACAAUACACGACAGGUUAAUCUGGCGGAACGGAACCUCGAGUUUUUUACUACAGGUUACAGAUACAUCAUCCAAAUUUUGCCCGUUGCCGUGGUGGCCCCGAAUUACUUUGCUGGAAAGUUACAACUCGGACAAAUCUCGCAAUCGGUGGGUGCAUUCAAUCACAUUCUCAGCGAUUUGAGCAUUAUUGUCAAUCAGUUUGAACGCCUCAGUGGCUUCGCGGCGGGUAUUGAUCGAUUGGCACAAUUCUUUGAGGCCGUCCAAGUGGCUGAUCCCACUCGAACAUCUGAAACACCCUUGUUGCAACCACCACUAGCAGUAGAUGGACAGGCUUCCAACAUGACGACAACAUCUGAGGAUGGCUCGCAGGAACCGUCAUCUCCACUUGUGAUGAGCGGAGAUGACGUCGGAGGAGCUGUGGCGUCAAUUACUGGCACCAUUGCGCUGACGCGCAUGGCACCGGGAAGAGAAACCAUCACAGAUUCCAUCCUUUCCAUUCAGAAACUAGAUCUCGGUACGCCUGACGGGAAACGAGUACUGAUCAACGAUCUCUCGUUGACCCUGAAAGAAGGAACCAACAUGUUGAUUGUCGGUGCGUCGGGAGCGGGCAAGUCUAGUUUGCUUCGAGCGAUUGCUGGGCUCUGGACAAGCGGAAACGGGACAAUCACCCGUCCGUGCGAUGAAGAGGUCUACUUUUUGCCUCAGCGACCUUAUUGUUCCUUGGGAUCGCUGAAGGACCAGCUGUUGUACCCAAGUCUCGACGAACUGGAUGGGCUGGGCGAAUACCCCGAAGGUCAUGUACUGCGGCGUGCUCACUUGCUCAAACAAUCAUUGGCAGAUCAAGAUCUGUUGGAGAUUUUAGAAAAGGUCGACUUGAAGGAAUUGGCAGCUCGGUCUUCUCCGGAUGGAGACCCCAUCAAUGGUCUCAAGGUCGAAUUGGACUGGAGUAACACCCUUUCACUGGGAGAGCAACAAAGGUUGGCAUUCGGCCGGUUGCUGGUGAACCGACCGCGUUUAGUCAUCCUCGAUGAGGCUACGUCUGCCCUUGACAUGGUCGCUGAGGCGAGGAUGUAUACUGUACUUCAAAACAUGGCACAAAAUACCUUCAAAGACGGCAAAUGGUCUGGUCCUGGUUUGACAUACAUCAGUGUAGGUCACAGGCCCAGUUUGUUGUCGUAUCAUGACAAACGAUUGCGUCUAGGUGGGGCAGAUGCUAAUGGAACUCCCAAGCCCCACGAAAUCACUGAUAUUGAGAAGACAUCCAUGUCCUUAUCACCCACAGACAUUGCUAAUCUGUAGAAUAAUAUGAAGCCCUGUCGGACAGCUCAUGGUGAUGAAAUUGUAAAACUGAGGCUAAGUUUAUUUAGCAAGCCCCCUGCGACCAAUGUUGUUGCGACUCUUCAUUGGAUCGCCCCCAACUGUGG